UCCUCAGAUUGUGCUGAAAUUUAACCUCAAGAGAAAAUAAUCACCAUUUUUUUGCAAAUUCUUCGUCAAGAAACACCCAGUUUGUCAAAGAAAAAGCAACCUCAUGAUAUGGAGAUUGGUAAUGUGCUAUCAACAUGACAUGUAAGAGUUCAAGAGUCAUCAUAUGAAGUGGAAACCAUAUCGGCCGGCGAAGACAACAAAAGCUUGAAUCAAGAGAACAAGUAGAUAGAGGCCAGAAAAAGAGGCAAAUGGGGAAGCUUUGCAAAUUGUCAGAAGAGAUGGUCGGGCAAUUCCUUUCAAGAUUGCCUCCUAAAGCAUUGAUGCGCUUCAAAUGUAUUCAUAAGUCGUGGUCUUCCCUUCUUCUUCCUCGCAGACAUCCAGAAGAUGAUGACGGCAUAGAAUCGGAUGUAAAUGCUGUCGGAUUUGGCUAUGAUUCUAAAACUCAAGAUUACAAGAUUGUUAGAGUUAUAACAUAUAUUACAGGGAUUGCUUAUACACUUCCUUCUAAAGCAGAGGUGUACACAUUGAGUUCUCAUUCUUGGAGAGAGAUCAAAAUUGAUAAAGAAUGUCAUGUCUUUUGGACUCCUUCAUUUGAGAUACACUUCAGGGGAAUUUAUUAUUGGAGUGCACUGACUUAUCCUACUCCAGGAGCGGAUAAGGAAGCCAUCUUUGCAUUUGAUAUGAGUGAAGAGACAUUUGAAGAGAUACCGAUUCCAGAUGGUAUUUGUGCCAGAGACGGUAUUAUUAAGUUCCUUGCUGUGUGGAAAGAAUCUGUUGCUCUUAUUUCUUGCAUAGGAGAUGGUCCUAAAUCCUUCGAUAUAUGGGUAAUGGAUGACUCUAGUGGGAUUAAAGGUUCAUGGACAAAACACUUGGUCAUUGGACCUAUAGAAUGCGAGAUUCCAUUGGUAUUUUGGAAGAGUGAUGAGCUUCUUUUGGUUAUCUCUGAUGGACGUGUGGUCUCCUAUCACCUUGGUAACAAAACUAUCAAGUAUCUUCCGAUUCAUGGCGUGGAAGAUCCCCAAUACAUCCAUGCUGUUGUUUGCGUAAAUAGUAUGAUUUCAGUUAAGAAGACCAAAGGUUGAGGCAUGCAUAGAUAUAGAAGUACCCCAACGAAUAGGUCCAUUUAAAUUGAUUGGACCUAUCCUUUUGCGAUGAUAAAAACGGGUCUAAUUAAUCUCAUAUAUUUUUGUUGUAUAAUUAAUCAACUUUGAAUAAGAAAAAAAAAAAAAGA